CCGCGGGAGACGUGCUGGCCAUGGCAACCUCCGAGCUCUGGUGGUCGCUGCUGCUGGCGGCAGCGCUCGCUUGGCCGGUCCCGGCCCUGUGGCCCUGGCCCCAGUACAUCCAGACCACCGACUUCCACUACACGGUGUCCCCGCACCGCUUCCGCUUCAAGUAUCAUGUGCAGUCGGGCGCGCAGCCGGGCUGCUCGGUGCUGGACGAGGCUUUCCGGCGCUACGGCGAGCUGCUCUUCACUUCCAGGCCUGAGCGCCGCCCAGCCAGCUCUCUGGAACCUAAUUUCCUGGGAAGACCUUCAGAAUCCAGAUAUAGACCUGCUUCUGCAAAAACACAUCAGAAAGAAAUGCAUCAUAAAGGAAAAAGCAACGUCACAGAGAAGAACUCAUUAACUCUCUUUGUGGUUUCGCGUUCAUGUGAAAAACUUCCGACUUUGAAGUCAUUGGAGAAUUACACGCUGACCAUAAAUGAUGAGCAGACUUUCCUCUUAGCAGAUACAGUGUGGGGAGCUCUCCGAGGCCUGGAGACUUUUAGUCAGCUCAUUUGGAGAGGAUCCGAGGGCACGUACUUCAUCAACAAGACAGAGAUUGAGGACUACCCCCGCUUUCCUCACCGGGGCUUGUUGUUGGACACGUCUCGCCAUUAUCUGCCUCUGCCAACCAUUCUGGACACACUGGACGUCAUGGCAUACAACAAGUUCAACGUGUUCCACUGGCACCUGGUAGAUGACCCUUCCUUCCCCUACGACAGCUUCACUUUCCCAGAGCUCACCAAGAAGGGGGCCUUCAACCCCGUCACACACAUCUACACAGCACAGGACAUAAAAGAGGUGAUUGAGUACGCACGGCUGCGGGGGAUCCGUGUGUUGGCGGAAUUUGACACUCCUGGCCACACACUUUCCUGGGGACCAGGUGCCCCUGGAUUGUUGACUCCGUGCUACUCUGGGUCGCAGCCCUCUGGGUCCUAUGGACCUGUGAAUCCCAUCCUCAACAGUACUUUUGAAUUCAUGAAUACUUUCUUCCUGGAAAUCAGCUCUAUCUUCCCAGAUUUCUACAUCCACCUUGGAGGAGAUGAGGUUGAUUUCACCUGUUGGAAAUCCAACCCCAAAAUCCAAGAAUUUAUGAAGGAAAAAGGCUUUGGCACUGACUAUAAGCAGCUGGAAUCCUUCUACAUCCAGAUACUAUUGGACAUUGUCUCUGCCUAUGGCAAGGGCUAUGUGGUGUGGCAGGAGGUGUUUGACAAUAGAGUAAAGAUCCGGUCCAACACCAUCGUCCAGGUGUGGCGAGAAGAGUUACCAGUUCCCUACCUGAAGGAGAUGAAGCUUAUUACAGAGGCUGGCUUUCGAGCUCUGCUGUCUGCACCCUGGUACCUGAACCGCAUCACUUACGGACCUGACUGGCAGGAUGCCUACCUGGUGGAGCCCCUGGCAUUUGAAGGUACCCCGGAGCAGAAGUCCCUGGUGAUCGGCGGAGAGGCCUGUAUGUGGGGGGAGUACGUGGACAGCACAAACCUGGAGCCCAGGCUCUGGCCCAGGGCAGGGGCUAUUGCCGAGAGACUGUGGAGCAACGAGCUGGUGACUGACCUGGACUUUGCUUUUACCCGCCUGUCAGAAUUCCGCUGUGAGCUGCUGAGGCGAGGUGUCCAGGCCCAGCCCCUCAGCGUAGGCUACUGUGAACAGGAGUUUGAGAAUAGCUGAGCCGGCAGCAGGCCCUGAGAGGGUGAUGGCCCUCAGAGUGCAGGUGUGAAGCUACAUCCUGGCUAGGGCUCGGAGCUCAGUGCCCUUGCACCCAUGUCAAGAAAGCAGGCUGGUGCAGGUUCCAGCGCCCAAUAAAGAGGAAUGUGAUAGUUUUCUA